CACAAGAGGGCAGCACUAGGCUUUUGCUGCAUCGUUUGAAGCCCAAUCAAAUGAAGAAGCUGAUGACGGAAGUAGAUCCACAGUCACCCCGCUGCAGUCAGACACACUGCUACACGACAUUGAGCUUCAGACAUGUCUGCAGGUUGUGUGAGGUUUGUGCUAAGUCACGCAGUGAGAACUAUGUGUAUUGGCAGCCCUAUCUACUGGACAUCUGCAUCAAGAUUUACAAUAUGUCGUGUAAGAUACAACAUUGCUGCUCCCUCCUGGAGAUGGUCUCAGUUCUCCACAGAAGGGCAUGGUGCAGAAGAGACUGCAGAAGAGACUCCUGCACCUAAGAAAAAAAAGAAGGACCCUGGAGCUCGUAACUCAAUCAGCAGUGUUGGCCGUAAGAUCCCUUACCGUCAGAUCCAAGUGAUAAGUGAGGCUGGUGAGAACCUGGGCACCAUGCACCGUGCAGAUGUGAUCAGGAUGAUGGAUGAGGAGGGUCUGAAAUUGGUGCUACUCAGUGAAAACAAAGAUCCUCCAGUGUACCGCUUGAUGAGUGGCAAACAGAUCCACGAAGAACAGAUGACACUGCGAGAGAAAAAGAAAGCGAAAGCAGCUCCUGUGCAAGUGAAGGAGCUCACCUUUUCAUGUGGCAUUGCAUCUCAUGACCUGAGCACCAAACUGAAACAAGCGGAGAGCUGGCUGGAGAAGAAGCACCAUGUGAAGAUUACUCUACGGUCAGGACAUGCACCUGCAGUCAACCUGGACACAACUCUAGAGGAAAUGGUGAAACAAAUGGAGGUAAUUGUGGGAUUCGUCGCCAAGCCGAAAGUCGUCCGUGAUGGUCGAGCAGCCACGUGCAUCCUCCGACCGCCUUCAGCAAAGGAACUAAAAGAAAAGAACAAGGUCUCAGAGCCGCAGUCUGUCAGCUCCACUUCAAAGGCCUCUCAGAGCAAAACGUCCGCUGUUACCAGCACAGAAACAACAGAAGGAUCCAUACAGCAGUGAUUUGAGGGAAAUAAAACUUUUUCACAAAACCAGUUGAAGUCUGUGCCUACAUGUCAUGCUCUGUUUGUAGCGUGAACAUAUUUAGCAAAUGCCGUGUGUGGAUUAUUGUACGGGCCUGCUGAGCACAAGACCAGGGGCUGAAGGGGCCAUGCUGUAUCUGGAUCAAAAGAAGCUCCUAACAUUGCUGGUUGUACAGUCAAUCAGAAUACUGCAAAGAGAUGCAAAAUGAUGACAAAGGAAGGCCCAACAGCUAGAGAGAUGCAACACAACUACCAACAUGGGCAAAAUAACCACAUAAAUAACUACAAACCGAUGCAAAGCAACUACAAAUAGAUACUGAACUGCCAGAAAUAGCCACAAAAUAGCUAUAGAGACACAAAAUCACCACACGGACAACCACAAAAAGAUGGAAUGACUACAAAAAGACCAAAUUACCUGAAAAAGACACAAAUUAACCAUAUCGAUAACUACAAAAAUAUAAGACAUCUAUGGACAUUAAAAAUAAUUAGAAGAGAACCACAAAGAGACACAAUGUGCCAACUGCAAAGGUCUGAGUCUAAUGCAGUGGGGAUGUUUGCCUCCCAUGAUCCUCCUGGUGGAGCCGGCAGGUCGUGGCAGCUCGGUGACACUGUUAGUCCUCAGCAGAUUGAAUGUCGUGGUUGGGUUUCAUGACACGUCAGCAUCAGUGAGUCUGUUGUCAGUUUUAGAUUUAUUGUAUGCAGUGACUUCUGCCAGAAACGUUAUCAUUUUGCUCAUUUCGCUUUUAGUAACAUAUAAGAUACUUAAUAAGGGAAAUAAGUCUGCUACACACAUUUAUUUUUAUUUCAUUUUUCAUGAAAGAUGCUGUAUAAAGCAGUAAAGCAACAGAAUGGACUGGCACUAAAAUAUAGUCUUAUGUAAUAUAUGCAUCUUGAGACAAUUUGAUCUGUAAUUGGCGCUAUAUAAAUAAAACUGAAUUGUAACAUUGUCUUGCAAUGUGUGAUGAUACUGUACUGGUGGGCAGUGAUGCUUCUUAGCUGUAAAUGUCUUGUUCUAAUACAUUUUGAAUGCUCUU